AUGCGGCCACGUAAAAGACGUCAGGACAGCUCGCAACCAGCCAUUACCUCCUACUUUACAGCAGAUUGCACAUCUCCAACGGAAGCAGAAUCCACCCCUAACACCAUCAGCCAACCAAUUAUUCCGGCAUCUAUUCAAUCAUCUCUUCUCAAUGUUGGUAUGCGGAUCCGUAAAGCAGUUCCAGAAGGUUAUAAAACUAAGCACAACAACCAGUCUCCCAAGUCCAUUGUAGAACAAAUUGCACCAUAUGAAAGAGGAGCGAAAAACGCAACGGAAUCUAAAUUUGUAUAUGAUAAUUGGCAAUCGAGCAAUGCAUCACAACCUCGACCCCAGUUAGAUCAGAGAGAACUCACUCCAUUCUGCGGUCUGCUUAAAGUGGGAAACUGGCAACAACAGCCUACAACAUCGUAUGGAACCUCUCCGUACAACUCGUGCGAGUCUGAGUUAGAUUUAGUGGACCAAGAAUUUGAAGCGAAUUUCCCAAUUUUGUGUAGCCAGAGUAGUACUAUUUCUUCAUCUUCUCAAAGCUCGACCAAUCAGGCAGCCACUCGUAAACGACGGCUCUCCAUGGAUGAAGAUAUUAUUGACGAAGGCCCCACGCUUAGUUAUACGGAUAUAGAGUCUUCUCAAGAAAAACUUGAAUGGGGCAUACCGCAACAGACGAGAAUCUUCGAUGAAGACGCAAAAAUAGGCCUCAACUCGUCAUAUUCUGAUGAAUUUGAAGACGCUGAAUUUUUGGACUAUGGCCUGUUAGAAGAUACAGAAAUAGAAGGACUGACUAACAUGUAA